UUCCAGCAGCAGAUCCCUAAACUGGCAGUGACAAAGGAAGACACCGCACUGUAUGUGGCUGACCAACUUGGCUAUGCUCUUGGCUCAGAGAACCCCCCCCCCGAGAGGUAAGAUUGUUUUCUCAACUCGUUAGAACAGGUCUGAUAAAAAGAGAUCAAAAGAGAGCAGGAUUUAUUUUGUCUCAGAGCAUUAUAUUGAUCUAUGAAUUCAAAAAGUAAAAAGCAUCUUUAUUUAUUCAGCUGAAAACUACUGGCAUACGAUACCGGCAGCAUCACCGGGUACGUGCAGCACCUGCUAAUCGGCAACACCCUCUCAAACAUAAACAACAAAAUUGUGCUUCACAUUUUGCUCACGCCCUCCCUGCCUUUUACCAUCUUGUCCAGGUUGCAGAUUGUUGACAAUGACCAAGUACUGCUCACCUCGUCUAUAGACUGCACUGUGCGCCUGUGGAGUACCUGCAGAGUGUUCAUAGGUAGGGGUCAAUUCACACAGGUCAUUUGUCCUGUUGUCUCCUCCUCUGAAUACAAGUUUUAUGAUUUAUGCUUUAUGCCUUAAGGUGAAUGUUCAGUAGAUAGUGGUGUGUUUUGGGGAUAGAUGCUUCCCUUGUGUAGACUAUAAUAGCCACUGUUAUAGUUAUGGUAUUUAGUUCAGUUAAACACUACCUUCCCAAUAACAGCUCCUCCUGUGUACUAACAUCAUCAUUUCUCUUUGGUUCUUACUCUCAACACUGACCAAUUUAAAGUAACUGAUCGUUCUCUCUCUCUCUCUCUCUCUCUCUCUCUCUCUCUCUCUCUCUCUCUCUCUCUCUCUCUCUCUCUCUCUCUCUCUCUCUCUCUCAAUUCAAUUUCAAUUUAAGGGCUUUAUUGGCAUGGGAAACGUAUAUUAACAUUGCCAAAGCAAGUGAAGUAGAUAGUAAACAAAAGUGAAAUAAACAAAACAUAUUAACAGUAAACAUUACACUCAGAAGUUCCAAAAGAAUAAAGACAUUUCAAAUGUCAUAUUAUGUAUAUAUAUGUAUAUAUAUAGUGUUGUAACAAUGUGCAAAUAGUUAAAGUACAAAUGGGAAGAGGGUAGGGCUUAAACUGCAUCCCUGUCUCACCCCACGGCCCUGUGGAAAGAAAUGUGUGUGUUUUUUGCCAAUUUUAACCGCACACUUGUUGUUUGUGUACAUGGAUUUUAUAAUGUCGUAUGUUUUUCCCCCAACCCCACUCUCCAUCAAUUUGUAUAGCAGACCCUCAUGCCAAAUUGAGUCAAAAGCUUUUUUGAAAUCAACAAAGCAUGAGAAGACUUUGCCUUUGUUUUGGUUUGUUUGUUUGUCAAUUAGGGUGUGCAGGGUGAAUACGUGGUCUGUCGUACAGUAAUUUGGUAAAAAGCCAAUUUGACAUUUGCUCAGUACAUUGUUUUCACUGAGGAAAUUAACUAGUCUGCUGUUAAUGAUAAUGCAGAGGAUUUUCCCAAGGUUGCUGUUGACGCAUAUCCCACGGUAGUUAUCUCUCUCUCUCUCUCUCUCUCUCUCUCUCUCUCUCUCUCUCUGUGGGACCCUCUGAGCAUGCCAGCUCACCCCAUCCUGGAGGGAGAGACCACAGUGUCAGAUGUCAUUAAUACUGACGACUUUGAGGCCACUAGCACCGAGACAAUAAAAAAAAAAAGUAAUUUCCGAGCCUCUUCAUCGACGCCGACAAGAGUGUAAUGUUCAGGGCAAAUGUGCAUGUACAGGGCUGAUUUUGCAUCUCUCUCUCACGUUCUUUCUCUCUGUCCCACUCCCUCUCUCUCUGUCUCUGUCCCUCUGUCGCUCUCUCCCUCUCUAUCUCUCUCCCUCCAUCAAUCUUUCCCUCUCUCUCUUCCUUUCCCUCUCAUCCUCUCUCACCCUCUUUCUCCUUCUCUGUCUCUCUCUCUUCUCUUCUCUCUCGAGAUGUAAUUGCAGUUCGACUUGCCCAGCAAGCUUAGACACCCUCCACUGUCCAUCAGCGACAUAGACAUCAAGGAAGAGAUUAAAACCUCUUGUUACACAGAAGAACAUGGGAAACGGUGAGUUAGCCACAUUACACGCAUCAUGCAGUAAAUUGUAGGCAAGCAGGCACAGGUCUAGGCUCUGAACACGGCAUGGGAAUAAAUUAUUUUCUGCCGGCAGUAAAUUGAGUUUGCUAUCUCUCACAUUUCAGACCGCGACAUUAAAUAUUCAAGCAUACUAACAAGCCACCCAAUCAUGGCGGACCCAAGACCUACCACACUCUCAAGUACUUUGAUAUCAUCGACGCGCCAACCACCUGCGAGAGGCCCAAUCUUUCCCUGGCUGGCAUCGAUCCUUUCAUAUCAAGCUUUGUGGAACAGGAGUCGGCUAAAUGCCAA